AUGCAUAAAACACAGACACAUCCAGUAAAUAUGCAGAGAAAGAACCCAGUGGUGGACGAUUAUUGGAAAUCCGUAUUGAACUAUGUAUCAUCCUCGCUAUACAAAGACAACGCUCUUCCUCUUGCGAGAAUAAAAAGGCUGAUGAAGGUCGAGCAGGAGGUGAGCAAGGUUGCAAGCGAGGUGCCUCUUUUGUUCUCCCGAAUCACCGAGAUAUUCAUCGAAGAGCUGACCCUGCGCGCAUGGCAGUACACCGAAAAAGGAAAAAGAAGAAUUCUGCAGCGAAGCGACAUCUGCUCAGCAGCGAAGUCCUCCGACAUUUUUGACUUCCUGAUAUACCUCAUGCCGCGCGGCACGGGAAUAGUGGAGCUGAACAUAAACACGCAGCCAAAGUACAAAUACUAG